GCAAAAGGGGUUCAGAUGACACUCAUUGAAAAUGAAAGCAUCCGCACUAUCGUCACUGCAGCAGCUCACCUUCAAAUCCCUCAAUCUCCACCGCACUCUCACUCGCACCUCUAAUCUCCCCUUUCUCUCCACCACCAACCGCCGAAUCCACUCUUCCUCCUCCCCUCCUCCGAUCAUGUCCGCCGCCGCCGCAACAUCAGAACGCGCCCGUGCACCACCCGCCAUUCCAAUCCCCUCUCCUCCUCUCACCAAGUUCAAGAUCGCCCUCUGUCAACUCUCCGUCUCCGCCGAUAAGGACCGCAACAUCGCCCACGCUCGCUCCGCCAUUCACCACGCCGCCGCAAACGGCGCCAAGCUCGUCGUUCUACCCGAAAUUUGGAACAGUCCUUAUUCCAAUGACAGUUUCCCAAUCUACGCUGAGGAUAUUGAUGCCGGUCACGAUGCUUCUCCUUCAACUGCCAUGCUCUCUGAACUCUCCCGUCUCUUGAAGGUCACCAUCGUUGGUGGUUCUAUCCCUGAACGCUCUGGAGAUCGCUUGUACAACACUUGCUGUGUGUUUGGAACUGAUGGAAACCUAAAAGCCAAGCACCGCAAGAUACAUCUUUUUGACAUUGAUAUCCCUGGGAAGAUUACUUUUAUUGAAUCCAAAACUCUUAGUGCUGGGGAGACUCCAACUAUUGUGGACACAGAGGUUGGGCGCAUUGGCAUAGGGAUCUGUUAUGACAUUCGAUUUCCAGAACUAGCAAUGAUAUAUGCAGCACGAGGUGCUCACUUGCUUUUGUAUCCUGGGGCAUUUAACAUGACAACUGGACCAUUGCAUUGGGAGUUAUUGCAGAGGGCAAGGGCUAUGGAUAACCAGAUAUAUGUGGCAACAUGUUCACCCGCUCGGGAUACUGAAUCUGGUUAUGUAGCUUGGGGUCACUCAACUCUUGUUGGACCAUUUGGAGAAGUUAUGGCUACUACAGAACAUGAGGAAGCAACCAUCAUAGCUGAAAUUGAUUAUUCAAUAUUGGAGCAGAGAAGGACAAGUGUCCCAGUGACAAAGCAAAGAAGAGGUGAUCUUUAUCAAUUGGUGGAUCUUCAGAGGCUGAAUUCCUCCUAGAGGGAGCAGGACUUAUUAUAUUUGAGACACCUUCAGUACCUUGUGUGCAGCAUGGAUGUUGGAUGUUGUAUUAUAACUGAUAUAGACCCAAACCCUGAAGGGAAGAAAGAAAUAAAUGAAUGCGUAUUCUCUUGGAUA